AUGAUAUUUGGACUCUCGAUAGAUGGUAUACCAGUGUCAGGAUUUACGGAUAGCAACACUAAUGGCCUCAAAAAUGAAUUCAUGACACAAUUUGGUAUUGUACCUACUGCCGCUGAUCAUAAAGGAAGUGGUGUCAAGCUUGCAUGGCUCCGCACCCUAAAGCGGCGCAUGCAGUUGGACACCGCACUUGGUAGACAAAUGUACGUCAAGAUACACUUGUUAUUGUUGUUUGGCACAAAUUUAUUUUGCGACAAGUCAGGAAUGACAAUCCACUGGAAGUUCUUGCCUUUGCUCCGAAAUGUUUCUGACAUUAGAGGCUUUAGCUGGGGAUCCACUUGCCUAGCACAUUUGUAUAGGGCAUUAUGUCGGGAAUCACGUUACGAUUGCAAGGAGGUGGAUGGCCUAUUGGCACUGCUUUGUAUAUGGGCUUGGGAACGGUUACCGUUCCUAGCACCUGUACGAUCGCAUCCUAGUUUUCCGCUUGCGUGCAGUCGUUCUGGAAUAUUUUUGCAGUUUGUGUGGAAUCCGUACAGUCCUGAUCAUAUAGAAAAUAUUGUAGUUCCAAAUGACAUUUUGCAGCAUCGAUUGAUGUGGAGUGCAGUUGUACCACUAAUAUCGUUUGAAUGCAUUGAGUGGCAUGCAUCCGAUCAGGUGAUGAGGUAA